UAACGACUUUGUGACUGUGCUAUCUAUUGGAAACCCCAAUGUCACACAUGUUCUUGUGUAACGCUAGCUAACUUGUUGGUUUCUAGUAGCUAAAUUAUAUUAGCUAAUCAUGCAUAAAUUAAAUUGUAUAUUAUCUAAUUCUGUCAGGAGUGCCUGCCAACAGGUUGCUGGUUCCUUCAAUGCAGGAGGCUCAAUUUGUGGAACCAGCGGUCUGCAGAGAGCAGUGUCCUCCAGUGCUGUCAGGUUGCAAGAGGAUGCCAGUGUCUCAGCCACACCUGGGAAAAUAUCCAAAGACUUCAGUCACCUCCCCCCGAUGCCUGGCCAGGACAGUGUGCUGAGAUGGGCUGGGAAGAAGUACGAGGAGUUGCCAAUAGCACAUAUCAAAGCCACAUAUAACAAUACACAUGUCCAGGUGACAGACUGUGAGGGCCAGUUCAUGGUCAGAACAUCGUGUGGAACCGAGGGGUUCAAGAACGUCAAGAAGUCCACUCCCAUCGCUGCUCAGACCGCAGGCAUCUCUGCUGCAGCGAAGGCCACAGCGGUGGGGGUGACGUUUGUCCGCGUGUUGGUGAAAGGUCUGGGUCCUGGACGCUUGUCUGCCAUCAAGGGUCUGACCAUGGGAGGAUUGGAGGUUGUGUCCAUCACAGACAACACCCCCGUACCACACAAUGGUUGUCGCCCUCGCAAGGCUAGAAGAAUAUGAACAGGACCGUACCAUCAUGGACUGCAGGGGUCCAGCAAUCUGUCUUGUAACAUGCUUAAUGUUUUUGUUAUAUGAAGACAAUUUUUACUGGUAUUUAAGCAUUUUGGAAAAUACCUGUACAUGCAGAAAUGUUUAAAACAUUCAGGGCCUGUUUCCCAGACACAGAUUCAUCCCUGGACUGAAAAACAAGUUCAAUGUAGAAUCUGCAGUCCAGGACUUAAUCUGUGUCUGGGGAACUGGCCCUGAAUGCAUGUACCAGCACAUCUAGUAACAGAUAAAUGAUUCAUCGAUGUUUAUUAAAUCCAUAUACACCCAAACCCCUGUAUAACAUGUGUUGUAAAUACAAGGCUUCCAGCAGGAGAGAACCUGGUCAGAUCAGUCCAUGGGGAGAGAACCUGGUCAGAUCAGUCCAUGGGGAGAGAACCUGGUCAGAUCAGUCCAUCGGGAGAGAACCUGGUCAGAUCAGUCCAUCAGGAGAGAACCUGGUCAGAUCAGUCCAUGGGGAGAGAACCUGGUCAGAUCAGUCCAUGGGGAGAGAACCUGGUCAGAUCAGUCCAUGGGGAGAGAACCUGGUCAGAUCAGUCCAUGGGGAGAGAA